AUGGCCAGCAAAGAGAUCCAUGUGGUGGAUGGAGCGCCCGAUGGACAGAGAAUUGGGCACCGACACAUUAAAUGGUACCGUUCAACAUUCUACAAUGCCCUAAUCCUAGGUCUCGCCAACUUCUCUGCCCCUGGACUCUGGGGUGCCAUGAAUUCGCUCGGCGCCGGCGGACAGGCAAAACCAUAUCUCGUCAACGCUGCCAACGCUCUGACAUUCUGCCUCAUGAUCAUCUCCUGCUACUUCUCGAGCGCUCUGGUCCGUCUCGUGGGCAUCAAAUGGGCACUGAUUUUUGGAACUAUGGGGUAUGCCCCUUACGCGGCAGGCAUGUACACCAACAAUCGAUUCGGUACAGAAUGGUUCGUCCUGUUCGGGGCUGCCCUCUGUGGAAUCUCGGCGGGUGUAUUCUGGAUGGCCGAGGCCGCCAUCGCGCUCGCAUACCCCGAACCCUACAAUCAAGGCAAAUUCCUAGGAUUCUGGUUGAGCUUUCGCCUUUCAGGCCAGAUCCUGGGAGGGGCAAUCAAUCUCGGCAUCAACGUACAUAAAGCCGAAGCAGGCAAGGUGUCCUACACAGUUUACCUGGUCUUUAUCGCCCUCCAAGCCUUGGGCCCCUUUAUCGCCUUUCUUCUGAACAACCCGUCCCAAGUCCAACGAAGUGAUGGGCGGAAAGUCGACCUCUCCAUUGUCGAACAUCCUUGGUUCGAGCUCAAAGCAACGACAAAGCUCUUCUUCACCAAGAACUUCUUGCUUGUUGUGCCGUUCAUCGGUCAGGCCGUGUACACAGAGGCGGUCAUGUUCACCUUCUCUGCCUUGUGGUUCUCUGUACGUGCGCGAGCAUUAGGGUCGUUUCUCUCUGGAAUCGUGGCCGUAACUGCGGGUAAUCUUCUGGGUUUCUGGCUGGAUCGCGCCCGCGUCUCGCUUCGAUUACGAGCUCGCUCGUCAUUCUUCGUCCUCAGCGUUCUGCAGCUCGGCCUGUGGAUCUGGGCCACGGUCCUCGUCACCCGCUACCGUCGCACCCAUCCGACUUUCGACUGGGCAGACGGCACCCACGGCUUUGCGGCUCCCUUUGCCCUCUUCCUCUUCCUCGUUAUUGGGUUCCAGAUCAACUACUUGUACUUGUACUUUGUCAUUGGGCAGCUGACGACGACCCCGGCGGAGACUGUCCGGCUUGCUGCCUUGCUCAGAGGAACCGAGUCGGCCUGGCAAGCUCUCAGUUAUGGUCUCAAUGCGGUCAACCUCUUCGCCGAGAUUGGUGGUAUCUACUUGAACUUUGCAUUAUGGGCUCUUGCACUGGUUCCAGCUUGGUUGGUCAUUCGCAGGUUUGGAACGCAAGCCCAAGACCAAGAGCGUCGAGCAUCAACCGGCGUGUUUGGGGUUCCCGCCGAAACGACUGUUGCUGCCGGAGGUAAGGAAGAAGAGGUGGAAACUACGAAAGUGUAG